UUUCAACAUGCCUGACCCAGCCAAGCCUGCCCCAAAGAAGGGCUCCAAGAAAGCCGUGACGAAGACCGCCGGCAAAGGAGGAAAGAAACGCAGAAAGUCCAGGAAAGAAAGUUAUGCCAUCUAUGUGUACAAAGUCCUGAAGCAGGUCCACCCUGAUACCGGUAUCUCUUCCAAGGCGAUGGGCAUCAUGAACUCCUUCGUGAACGACAUCUUCGAGCGCAUCGCUGGAGAGGCUUCCCGUUUGGCUCAUUACAACAAGCGCUCCACCAUCUCUUCCAGGGAGAUCCAGACCGCUGUGCGUCUGCUUCUGCCCGGUGAGCUGGCCAAGCACGCCGUGUCCGAGGGAACAAAGGCAGUCACCAAAUACACUAGCUCCAAGUAGAGUGUUCAUGUAGUCUACGCUUCCUAACCCAAAGGCUCUUUUAAGAGCCACCCACACUCUCUUUGAAAAGCAAUUCCUUUAUAAUCUAUAACGUGUAUGUGUGCG